CUGGAGGAAGCGCUGCUAGAGACAUUUCCAACAUGAGAGCGACCCUGUGUGUGUGUGCCAAUGCCAGGCAGCCCCCCUCUCUGCAGGAGCUCUGAGGGGGGCCCCGAGUGUCCGCACAGCCAUCCCUGUGUAUGAGGUCAGCUCACUGAAGAGUGGAAUGAGAAGCAAUGGCAGACCAGAGCCAAAUCCAGUCAUCUGCUUCCAAAAGCAUCCGACCGUUCCGCUCCAGUGAAGAGUAUCUGGAAGCCAUGAAGGAGGACCUUACAGAUUGGCUCAAUAUGCUGUAUGACUUGGACAUGGAAGCCGGCACGUUUCUGGAGGCUUUGGAGACUGGGUACUCUUUAUGCCAGCAUGCUAACAAUCUGAACCGAUUGGCCCUGGAUUUUAAAGCUCAAUAUCCAGAGGCGGCUGCUACCAUGCGACUUCCACACAAGGAGGUGACAUUCCAAGUCAAGGGUGCUCUUCCCGGCUCAUUCAUUGCCAGGGAUAAUGUAUCAAACUUCAUUGGCUGGUGCCGGAAGGAACUUGGUAUACCGGAGGUGUUAAUGUUUGAGACCAAUGAUCUGGUGUUGAGAAGGGGUGAGAAGAGUUUUGUAUUGUGCUUGCUUGAGGUGGCCCGGCGUGGUGCACGCUUUGGCAUGCCAGCACCAACUCUCAUUCAGAUGGAAGAAGAAAUUGAAGAAGAACUUAGCCGGGGCAGACCAAACACUGAUCAGAAAGCAUACCCACGGCCUCAAAUGCCUGCCAGGCCUCCCCGUACUUUAUGUGAUCUCAAGAAUUUGGAUGAAUUGGUUCGGGAGAUACUUGGUUGCUGCACUUGUCCUUUCCAAUUUCCAAUGAUAAAAGUGUCGGAAGGAAAAUAUCAAGUUGGAGACAGUAACACCCUAAUCUUUGUGCGGGUUCUAAGGAAUCAUGUUAUGGUGCGUGUUGGGGGAGGAUGGGAUACUCUAGAGCAUUAUCUAGACAAACAUGAUCCCUGCAGAUGCCAGUUUGCUUCCCAUCGAGCUCCAGCAUCCCGCCCAAUACCAUUUUCUCCACAACGUGCAGCUAACCUUACUCAUAACCGCACUUCCAGCCCUUCCCGUGGACGUUAUUCUGAAGGCUUGCCCAGAAAUCUUCCGAAUCUGGAAGCAAACACUCCACAGCGAUCCAUUCCAGGCCCAACUGCCUCUCUGAACAGCACCUCAAAGACAACAGUGCCUCAUAAGGAGCGCCCCGGAAUGCCCGGAAUUAACUCAUUCAGGCCUCCUCGCCCCCGGAGAUAUUCUGGUGACAGUGACUCUUCUGCCUCAUCUGUUCAGAGCGCCCCUGCUGGUAGAAAAUCAGUUGAUGUUUUGAGACCAGGACUUCGCUCUUCUAUAGCACGCAGCCAGUCACAGGAUAGAGGCCCUGUACCAAGGCGAUCUCAGCCAUCCCAGCCGGUUAUGCCUGAACGUGGCAGAGUUCAAGGUCCUACAGGUCCUACUCGACGGGCCCGAAGUCAAGGGCCUCCAGCUAACAAAAAAACUGUUUUGGUUAUUACACGAGAUAAAGAGGGGCAACAUUCAUGGACAACUCCUGCAAACUCUAAGCUUCCUAAUAGUCGCACUCAAACAGAACCUCCCAAAUCUCAUGCACGAAGACAGCUGGGAUAUGCACCUGCACCUUUGGAUGUUCGUCAUGAACAACAGAUUUAUCGCAGUCUUGAGAAAGAGUUCUUGGAAAAUUCACGACUUCUGGGGGCAUCGGAAAACACUGGGGGAACACAAGCAGCUUCCCUGUUGCUUAGUCCACCUUCGAAUGAGCCAGCUGUUGUAGACUCUGCGUACUGUUCCUCUAGUUCAUCCUCUUCCUCACUCAACUUCUACAUUGCUGGAGGAGGAAGGGAACAGAGCACAGAUGGAAAUACUGCAACACUUUCUACAUCUACAUGGAGAAGGCUUCCAGCUCUGUCUAGCUCUUCAGAUGAUAGUUCCUGCCCACCUGCGGCUGAAGACCUCCAGGAGGAGGCUGAGCCAGAGGAGAACUCUGUGGUCCAGGAGGGAGAUGCAAAGUCCAGCGAAGUGGUGAUGAGACCCAAGAAAACAUUAAAGCGACCAGAUCGAAUCCCUUCUAUUUAUAAACUUAAACUACGCCCAAAGAUCCGACCACGAGCAGAUACCCAGCCAGAUAAGUCACCGUCUCGCAUACCCACACCACUUCACUACAAAACUGCAAGUUCUCCACCUAAAUCUGCACCUACCCAUCGUUCUUGGAGAUCUUUACAAGCCAUUUUCUUCUCUGAUUCUGGAGUUCAAGCAGAUAAUUCAUGUGGGUGA